UGUUGUGAAAUGUCCCCCUAUCCACCCAAUAUGGUGGACUUCCCAUAAAACUGGAAACUGGUUGAACUCGUCCUCGAUAAUUGCAUUCAAAUCGGAGACCUCUACUUACCUGCCCAGUGACCUAGUUGUGUUCAAUCCAGGCAAGCAACAAAAGUUGUGUAUUGCUGACAACACUGAAGAUUGGACAAUGUCUGACAAGGAAUCUUUGAUACAGAAGGCCAAGCUGUUGGAACAAGCAGAGCGGUGGCAGGACAUGGCGCUGUGCAUGAAGCAGGUGGUGGAGAUGGGCGGGGAUCCGCUAACUACAGAGGAGAGGAACCUGCUGUCCGUGGGCUACAAGAACAUGGUGGACUCCCGGAGGCUCGCCUUGCUGAACAUCGCGUCCGCAGAGCGGAAGGCGACAGACGACUCAGAAACCCUCCAGGCGGCGAAGUGGUCACGGGAGAAGGCGCACGUGGUGACUGAGUUGAAAGGGAUAUGCGGCGAGGUCUUGGUGCUGCUGGACAAGUUCCUCAUCAAACGAGUCGACACGUCGGUGGUGGAUGUGGCGGAUGCGGUGUCAUUGGAGAGCGAAGUCUUCUACCGGAAGAUGGCGGGUGACUACUUCCGGUACCUGGCUGAAAUCAGCGAGGGCGAAGAAAAAGAAGACAUGGUGAUGGGUGCUCGGGAGUCCUACAAGAAAGCGCACGAGAAGGCUGCCAAUCUGAAAACAACACACCCCAUUCGAAUUGGACUGGCGCUUAUUCUAAACUACUCACUGUUCCACUACGACGUUAGGAAUGACCCUCAAGAAGCGAGCCGGCUAUUUUGCUAUUUACAGCUGUAACGUUGCCAUUUUAUACUCUCCAAGCAGAGGUUAGGCUCCGGCUGUUUUUUUAACGUUUUUAUAGUUGUUUUUUGCCGGGCUUUCUAUU